AUGCCUGCUGAAUCCUCUCUAUUGUUAAAAAAAGACAAUAUUUCUAUUAAAGUACUUGAGUUGCAUCACAAAGAAGAAGCUUUAAAGGUUUUGGCAGAAGCAUUCUGUACGGAACCUGCAUGCGCUGAUGUUGCAGAGUUUCAUCCUAAUCUGGCAGCUAGUUUUUCAGACUGGUUAGAGUUUGUUGGUUACUUAAUAGACUACGGUUGCACUAAUGGAAUUAGUGUUGUUGCUAUUGAUGACGAUGCAAACCGAAUUGCUGCAGUUUAUAUAGUAAGAGAUAAUAUGUUUGUGCCAAGUGGAUUUGAGGAAAAAUACAACAGCGAUGAAAAGUCUUUAACUCCUUGGAUGAAUUUUCAAUGGUAUGCAGACAAACAAGCUUUGGGUUUAAUGCCAGAAUUAGCAGAGCCUGGAAAAACAGCUGAUUUGUGGUUUCUUGGAGUUCAUCCCGAUUAUAGAGGGAAAAAACUGUCAAAUGAAUUAAUCAAUUGUCUUCUACCAUUAGUAAAACGUGCAGGGUUCAAAUAUGCUUCAAUUCAAGCCACUAAUGCUUUUACUUCAAAAGCUGCGGCUUGGAACAAAUUUGAAAAAAUUUAUAGCAUUCAGACUAAAGACUGGCUUUGGAAAGGAGAACCUAUUUUUGAACACACAAAAGAACCUCAUGUAGAGUGGAGUGUAUGGAAAAUAAAACUGAUGCUAGCUCUUCUUAGAGCUGGCUUCUUAGAGUUCGGCUGUUUUUUUCGUGAACUUAAUCAUGAUGAACUUGUUACUGUCGAUGAAGAGGAAUCUAUAAACAACAGUAUUUCAACAUAG